AUGAUCGGAGGGUUUGUGGAGGAUGUGUACACACUAACAAAGGUAUGUCGGAACCGGUUUGAGGUGGAUGCGGGGAAUUCCAUCGAGGAUGCUUGGCAGGAGGAGAGCCACCUCAACUGGUAUCUGCUCUACAACAAGCCCAGCAAGGUGUUGUCUCCAGAGUACCUGUGGCAGGAUUUCAGGGACAAAACCAAAGAGGUCAAAGUCAUUCGCUUCUCAGGCGUCAUUAAAAGCAUUGCUGACGUUCGUCCCAGGUAGCCUGGUGGGUAGGAGUGUUUGGCCAGUAACCGAAAGGUUGCUGGAUCGAAUCCCUGAGCUGACAAGGUAAAAAUCUGUCUAUCUGCCCCUGAGCAAGGCAGUUAACCCACUGUUCCCCGGGCACCGUGGAUGUCGAUUAAGGCAGCUCUCCGCACCUCUCUGAUUCAGAGGGGUUGGGUUAAAUGCAGAAGACACAUUUCAGUUGAGUGCAUUCAGUUGUACAACUGACUAGGUAUCCCCCUUUCCUUUCCCCUAAAACCAGGAAGUGGAUAUUCGACCGGCAGAAGAAAAACUUAAUUUAGUCAUAGCGGUAAAAAAAAUGUGAGGUUAAGGUUAGGUUUAGGAACGAGGGUUAGGUUAAGAUUAGGUAUAGUUUGACUGAGGUUAAUGUUUGGGUUAAGGUUAGGGAAAGGCAUGAUAAUAAUAAUUUGGGGGUGCUUAUAUUUGUCUCCUGUGGGUGUUUCUUGUACAAAUAUGUAAUGGAAAUGUGUUUCUUGCAUACGCCAACUCCUCCUGAGAUACCCGCAGGGAGUGGGGUCAUGGCUAGGAUCACCAUUGUUCAUUUUUAACUUAUAAAAACAUGUUUUUCAUUCUGUAUUCUGUAGCCUAUCUAUUUUGCAUGUUGAAUACUGUGAGGGGGAAUAGAAUAAAUAAAUAUAUCAAAAAAUACAACCCAAUGGUAUUAGUAUUUUUAUUAUUAAUAUAAUUAUUAUUUGUUAUUUUCUUGAAAUAAAUAUUUUACCACUGUCCGUAAUGUUUGUGUUGUGACACUACUUCUUAUUUAACCAAUGUCCAAGGUGAUGUUUUGAUUUAGAGCUUUACAGUUAGUGGGAUUCACACUAAAAUGUGAAAUAGUGCUACCCUACCCUCUGAUGGACAGUUAUGGUGCAUGAAAUACUGUAAAAUGAAAUGAAAUGUAUUCCAUAGCUUAACUAAAAACAACAACUUUAGUGAAAAAAUUAUCUGGCAACCACAGCAUGGUACCAGCAGAAGGGGAAGGCCAGAGACUGGAGGAGGAGGAGAUUGCGUCUGCAAUGGAGGACAGGCAGCUCUGGAGGACCCACCUUUCAUCCCGUCAACCCAAGACGUCCAAAUCCAAAUACAUAUGGUGAGGACUGUAUAUAUAUAUAUAUUCUUUAGGAAGAUUAA